AAGGUAGAAGGAAGCGGAAACAGUAAAGUAAAAUCUAAACUAUGGCGGCCCCCGAAGGUACACAUGUUCCCAUCAUCAUGUCUAAAGAGUUGAAAACACUUUUAAAGCAAUAUUCCAACUUAGAAAUGAUGGAUGGCAAGCAGAGGAUUAAGUGUUCAUUAUCAGGCCACGAGAUGCCCUGUCAGGUAGAAGCCGUGCAGAGCUACAUCAAUGGCAAAAAAUUCCAGAAACUUUAUUCCAAGGACAAAUACAGUUAUGAAAAAUACAAGGAACACAUAGUACCCAGCAGCAAGAAAGGCAGGGGGCAUCAGCUGUUUUGUUUACUCACUCUAAGACAUUUAAACAACAUCCCUGAACACAUAAAGAAGCACACAGAAGGACACAAGUUCACCAGAGCCUACGCCAAAUGGAAGAAAUGCCAGGAGACAGGUGAAAAGUUUCAGCCAAUCGUAGGGAAGAGGAAGAAUUAUGACAAGGAAUUAGAUGAGGAGUCGGAUGAAGAUAAAACAGGAAGUGAUGUAGACAGCCUCAGUGACCUAUAUCCAGUAGAUCUUAAGGAGGUAGAAGAGGCAGCUGACAGUGCGUCGGAUAGUGUGUCGGAUUAUGAUAUGGAUGAGGUGGAGGAAGAAAAAGAAUCCGACUCGGUGAAGAGUGACAGUCGAAAGAGGAAGAAAGUGGAGGGAAAGAAAAAAACAAAGAAGAAAAAGACCUGAAUAUGCUGAGAGUUAAUUGUGUAUGUUAUUUUAUUAAAUGUGCUUCUUUGUUUAA